AAAAAUCCAGGAUACAGCUGUUCUCUCGUACGCCUCGUGAGCGUGGCAACUGUGUGUUAGUGUGUGCGUGGCUUGACGACACACAAACAUACAUACACACACUUCGCUCGCUCGCAGCUGAGAAGAGGCCCGUUACUUGUAGCCACCCCCUCCACUGUAUGGGUUGUGUUGUCUGCCAUACAGUGGGCGACUGGGCGUGCAUGUGAGGCUCCAGCUCCAGUAAGGGACGCGGCCUGCUCUAGGGCGAGGGUGGCGGGACGGCUGACGGAUGGUACUGUGCUGUUAUAGUAAGACGUGGUGUGUCUUGUUUGCUGCAAGAUGUGGAGCGUUAGAUCGUGGGGUCGAACAGCAGCCGUGUGUUGGAGGAAGACGGUCGUGAGGACUGUGGUGGUGAUGGUGGUGGUGCAGGUGUUUGUGGCAACCUGCGUCGUGUCCUUGUGGCAGCUGCAGAAGGAAGAGCAAGGGAGGAAAACACACGAGUGGCUCAGGCAGCAGCAGGAGGCGCCGCAGAGAGUCGGCAAGUACAUGUUACUGUUUAAAUCCCGUUUUGCGCCGCCAGCUGACGCCACCACUGCCCCCUCGCUACUACGACCCCAGCUGAAGGAUGACCGUACUUUGCCCCCCGAGCUGCGUCAGGGGGUGUCGCCUAGAGUGGAGAGCGUGAUGUCUUAUUACAGUGGUAGUGGUGGGGGUGGUUUGAGGCGUAGCGAUGGAGGACCAAGGAAUAAGGCGAAGGAAGAGGAGGAAGACCCUGAUGUGGCUCGUGGCUUCGUGGAUGAGUUUGUGACGUAUCGAAGUGACGAUAAACUUUUCUUAAUGUUUGACGAUGACAAUAGGAACGUUAAGACGACCAAAAUGACACCUUCUUAUGGCCACGACAACCCAGUAACGAUGACUAAAGUGCCGAUGAAGAAGUCACACUACGACGACAAGGCCAAGCUGCGCUCUGUCUUGAACACUGACGGGAGUGAGGAGGACGACACGGGUGAGGCGAGCGAGUACAGAUUUAAGUCGUACGAUCCAGCCAACCCAUUAAAGAUGAGGCUGAAGGACGACCACGGCGUGUAUUUCGAAGAUGUUGGCAGCGCUGUUUGCUUCAUCACCGGGACAGACAUAAAGGGUAGCAAGCGUGUCGGUGGGAACGAUUGUCAAUGUCUGGACGGCUACUACGGCGUGGACUGCGGCAUUCCGGAGGCGGUGUGGUUCGAUACGUAUCGCAACAAAUAUCCGGACACUCAGCUGAGGAGGAGGAAGGUGCCGCGGAGAAUCAUCAACGGCGUGACGGUACACCACGAGUUUGCGAUGUUCGAGGCGAGACUGCAUGAACUGUACCCGGCAGUGGAUGUCUUCAUACUGGCCGAGUCCAACUACACGGCUCACGGCGACCCCAAGGAGUUUUUGUUUCUGAAGAGGCUACGGCGAGGAUACAUGAAAGAAUUUCAGGACAAGUUACUGUACGUGAGUCUUGAUACUUUCCCCAAGGCAUCAGAAACCAGCGGGUGGGUGGCGGACGCCUACAUCAGGUACCAUCUUGGCAUCCGCGGCCUGCCGCUCCUCAAGGGACUGCGGGAAGAUGACCUGUUCGUGCUCUCUGAUGCUGACGAGCUGCCAUCGCGGGAAGUGAUCACUUUCCUGAAGCUGUAUGACGGUUACCCAGAACCCAUUAGCUUUGCCCUUCAGUGGAACAUGUUCGGGUUCUUCUGGAAGAAGUCGGCGAAGGAUGACUGGGGCAAGUGGGUGUCUGAGAAUGAGGAGAGACCCAGUAUCGUCGGCUCCGUGGUUACAUUGGGAAUGCUGAAGAAAGUACUCUUCAGUAACGUAUUCUUCAUUCGCACCAAUAUCUUCUGGCGAAACUACGAGGUGUUCAAGAGACUCAAGAAGUACCGCGAUGAGCAGGGCCAUCUGGUGAAGGAGUGGGUGAUAGGGAAGGCGGGGCACUACGCCGGCUGGCACUGCUCUUGGUGCUUCAGCCCAGUCGAUAUCGUGCUCAAGAUGGACUCCGCGCAGGCCAACGAUGAGCCUCGCUGGGGGAACAUGCCGGAGAAGAAAAACCUCACCUACAUUGCCUCCAGGAUAGCAGAGGGCGUGUGGUUUGAUGAUAAAGAACACUUCCUGCCAGUGAGGAACACCCACCAGAAGCACUACGCCCCUCGCUACCUGCUGCAGCACCCGGAUCUCUACCGCUCCCUCCUUUACCACCCCAGCUAUGUCCUCGACCUGGGCCAGCCGAGGGCGCCACCGUAGUGCCUCGGUCGGGGACACUGCACACUAACACCACCAAUAAAUAAUCUAGCGCCGUAAAAAUGAUCUUCCGCUAUAGCCAGUGAGUUACGGCGGCGCGUGGGAGGCUGUUGUUUGUCUUCCGUGUGUAGUGUUCAUCAUGAAGGGGUAACUCGUGCAUUUACUAGUGAACUGAUUCUAAACGAAAAAGAAAUUCGUCUUUCGUUCCGAUAUCUUUGUGUGUGUGUGUGUGUGUGUGUGUGUGUGUGUGUGUGUGUGUGUGUGUGUGCGUGCGUGCGUGCGUGUAUCGCUGUGGCACCUGUGUCUGGAUGACUUCAAGAAGUUAAAGAAUUUCUAUGUAUUUCUCUUCAGCAAGGAUUUAAUUUGAAUACACUUUGAGACAGAUCAAUGAUUGGUGGAGGCGUGUGUAUGAGUGUCUUACAACUGCCUAUGGUGCAUCAAGGAGUGGUGACUUAGACCAGUGUUCUUAACUGUUCAUGAUCUCAAUGUUUUGAAAGACCACAAAAUCAAUAAGACAAAUAUUUAGCGUUUAUUUCCCCCUGUUAGGUGCAGAAUUCUUGUUAAGACGAUGUAACUAUAUUGCUUAUGUUCCAUCCCUUUUGAAAGAAGCAAGCACGAAGCAUCAACACUAUGUAAGCAUACGAAUAUGAAAUCUUUGCUAAAUCAUUACUGAAACCAUGAAGACGAUUAUAACUACAUUGCUUAUACUACAUGUUGUUAACCCCUUCAGUACUGGGACGCAUUUUUACCGUGAGUUUUGAUUAUGAUUAGACGAUUUUAUUUACAUUACGAAGCAUUUAUGGAAGUCGGAAGAUCAAUGGUCAGCGCUCUCACCAUUUUUAAUCCUUCACAUGAAUUUUUGAAGCUGCAUAAAAUCGCCAAGUGAUAACAAUGAAUAUGAAAACGUGUCAUGGUAUUGAAGGGGUUAAAUGAAGUCAGGACGAGGUGUCAAAACGAUGUAAGUAUAGGAAUUUGAAAGGGAAGAAUGGGAAGGGAGCGAGGAAGGGAGCGAGGAAAGAAGGAUGGGAAGGGAUCGAAUAAGGGAGAAUGGGAAGGGAUCGAGGAAAGGAGAUCGGGAAGGGAUCGAAUAAGGGAAAAUGGGAAGGGAGCCAGGAACGGUACCAUGACACACGUGGCAACAGAUACCUGGAGAUGAGACUGGGGUUCGAAUUCUAGAAUAUGGCAUUAAGUCCUUUUCUGCAGUGAUGGUAAGUAUAACGUGCUGCGAUUGUCAGUAGCAUUACGGAACAUACCUAUCGUUACGCUAUAGACGUGUUACUCGUGCUAUUAUUGUUUAGUUAAAGUAUUGGCAGUAACAUUCUUUUUGUGUAACUAGCAGUUAGUUUGCUUUGAACAAAUUCUAGUCAUAUUUCUAUAAUAAAUAUAUAAGUCACGGUUA